AUGGCACAAUAUGUAGAAGACGAAACGAAAUUCUGGAUUGAAAUGAGCAAUAAACUAAUGUGUGUCUCGACUCAAGUGUUUGCUUUGGAGGAAAUUAAACAUUUUGAAUUGAUAAAACCUGAACAUUGGAUCGGUACUCGCGAGCAACAACAAUAUUUGUUUGAACAGAUCGUUGCGCGGUAUCUAUGGAAGCAUGUCUACGAAUGUAUGCCAAAGGAAUAUACUGGAUGUCCCAGUCCACGUUUGUUGAUGGUGUGGGAGAAUAAUUUUACAAAUGAUAUAGCCACGGGAUGGGGUUCAAUGGUAAAAACAUUUUUAAAAUGUAUCAGCGUAUUUGGUGUUAAGCAUCCCGAAGGAAUUUUUUGUCAAAAAACUAUUCCAGAAUUGUUAAAGAUGAAGUAUCAUUUACACGGUAUAAAUGCAGGGUCAAAGAGAAAGAUCGUAGAUGAACGUUAUAGACAAGUUUAUGAACUAGUAGAUUUAGUUUAUUUUAAAAGUGCUGAAUGUAUGACUAAGAAUUAUUUUAAUGAGAAAUGUGAGAUGAAUAAUUUCAAAAAAUUACAAUUAAAUUUUUAAAAUUGCACCGUAAUAAUUGUGUGUGAUGAGUAAAAGGUAGUUAAAAGCUAAACGCGUGUAUCAUAGAUUGUCUGACUUCUUAGCAAAUCUGCUAAUGGCAGGGUUAGUGAUUUCUGUAAACCCUCUAGUAAGAGGUGAGUAACUAGACUGUUGAUUAGGGGUUAUGUUUAAGGGUCAGACAUAUAUAUAUAUUUUAGCGAUUGUAACAAGGCACAUGAUUGUAAAGAUCAACUGCCCUUGUUACAAACACCAUAAUACAAUUAAUUUUCCUUUUUAGCACACUAA